AUGCCGCCCCUCCACAUGGUAUUUGCUUUCACGCUGCUGAUUCUUGGGGUCUCCAACGUUGUGUACGCAGCCGUCGCCUCCCUCCAUGGCACCGGUCUCGUCAAUAGCACCGAUCUGGAGUGUCGCCAAUGCGUCAAGAACCAGCAGACAGGACAGUAUAGAUGCGAUUACAACCUUCCCAGUGUCGGACAGACGGUUGCUCGCUGUCGAGAUACCAAUGAUAGAGGCAGAGUGGCACCAGAAAAUGUGCCCUGGUUCUACACCCAUCUGUGGAGUGCUCACGAUCUCCCUACGGAUCAGGAGUCAGUAGCAGAGACUGCCGAGCUAGCCAAACGAGAUGAAGUCAGAGAGCGUGCUCCAUCAACAGCACAAAUCCAGACCAUUGAAUCAACCCAACUAUUCGAGACACCUCAGGCAUCAAGAAUAUUUUCACCCAAUCAUGCAGAUUCCAAUGAUACAUCGGCGGGAGUGACUCCUUUCAGGUUCCACAGCGACCCAGGACACGCAAAAGAGUUGCAUCCUCGUCAGUGCCUGGAAAGGGCACAACCGGGAGUGUGGGACUGUGACUUUGCUUUUCCGACUCUUCAACAGUUUAUAGACCGUUAUCGAGACUAUGCCAACUGGGGAAUGGCAACGCCGGGAAGGUCUGUUUGGUUUUACACCAACUUGGAUCAGACAAACGACGCAACCGUUUUCCCAAAUUGUUACGGAUGGUUGCUGAUGAAUAAUAUCGACAGCUAUUAUGGGAACAGCGGCCUCAGCAGCUUGUGGCUCGCUGCGCAAGUGGAAUGGAUCGAAGAUCACCGGGCCGAAUUUCUGGCAGUAACAGGAGGUCAGGAUCCCAUGAAAGUCUUCUCGGUUUGUCUCUUCGAAGCCCUCGCACUGUCGACCUUGAAUCCGGAUGCAUACGUGUUCACCAAGGCACCACCGGAAACAUGGAGGGACACAAGUUGGUGGGCAUUGAUCGAAUACCCUGCGCUUACGAACAAUCCGAUCGUGCAGAGAAUUUGGCGCGUUGAUCCUCGUCCAGGUCAAUGCAAUGAUAGAAUAUUGAUUUGGCAGAGGGGUCGGGAUCUUCCAUUACAGAUGUUUCAGUCUUGCCAAGUGCUUGAGCAGUUGCGGGCGCCAAAUCCAGCAGCGACAGCAAAAGUCUAG